AAAAAAUCCAUUAUUCAUUCAAGUAUCUAUCAAAAAGAAAAAAAAAAUUGUUCUUUGUAGCAUGUCCAACGAAUACCAACCUUAAGAAGGAUCAUUGCCAUUUGCAACAAUUUCGUGAUUCAAUUGAGAUAGCUCGAUCACGCGAGCAUGGCUUUGAGGCUUUUGAUAUCGCAGGUUGCAAGACGACAAUCCAAAUUUGGACAAAUUCAAAGUGUAUUUGCUGCAAGCUAUUUUUCUGUCAAUAAGUUUGGACAUCGUCCAGGGUUUAGACUUUUGGGUGCACAAGAGAGAUUUCAGUCUAGCUACCUUGGCAGUGUAGCUCGUCGAGCGCGUGAUGCAGAUGAAGCUGCUGAAGUUGCUUAUCUCAAAGAACUUAACCAUCAGAAUGAUCCUGAGGCUGUGAUUAGAGUAUUUGAAAGCCAACCAUCUUUGCGUAAUAGUUCCUCAGCUCUUUCUGAAUACGUGAAAGCGUUGGUGAAAGUUGAUAGGCUUGACGUGAAAGCGUUGGUGAAAGAUGAUAGGCUUGACGAAAGUGAAUUACUGAAGACAUCAAGGAGAGGCAAUAUUAUUGGAACUGCUAGUAAUCCAAUCCAUAUGGUGGCUAGAGAAGGUGGUAAUAUAAAAGAUCAGUUAUGGCGUACGCUCAGGACCAUUGCGGUGGCCUUUUUCGUAAUUUCUGGUAUAGGAGCACUCGUUGAAGAUAAAGGAAUUAGUAAAGGACUUGGUAUAAAUGAAGAAGUGCAACCCAUCAUGGAAACAAGCACAAAAUUUAGUGAUGUAAAAGGUGUUGAUGAGGCAAAGGCUGAGCUGGAAGAAAUUGUUCAUUAUCUUCGAGAUCCUAAGCGGUUUACUCGUCUUGGUGGUAAGCUUCCCAAAGGAGUUUUGCUUGUUGGUCCACCUGGUACUGGAAAAACAAUGUUGGCUAGAGCUAUUGCUGGUGAGGCUGGGGUUCCAUUCUUCUCCAGCAGUGGAAGUGAAUUUGAAGAGAUGUAUGUUGGUGUUGGUGCACGAAGGGUGAGAGAUCUUUUUGCUGCUGCUAGGAAACGAGCACCUUGUAUAAUAUUCAUUGAUGAGAUUGAUGCUAUUGGAGGAAGCCGUAAUCCAAAGGACCAAAUGUACAUGAAGAUGACAUUAAAUCAGUUAUUGGUUGAGCUAGAUGGAUUCAAGCAAAAUGAGGGAAUAAUUGUGAUUGGAGCAACUAAUUUUCCAGAAUCAUUGGAUGAUGCAUUGGUGAGACCUGGGCGGUUUGACCGCAAUGUUGAUGUUCCCUAUCCGGACGUAAGAGGAAGACAGCAGAUUUUGGAAUCACACAUGUCAAAGGUUUUGAAGGCUGACGAUGUUGAUCUAAUGGUCCUUGCUCGAGGAACACCUGGGUGCUCUGGGGCCGAUCUUGCAAACAUGAUUAACAUGGCUGCUAUCAAGGCUGCAAUGGAUGGUGCCAAAGCUGUGAGAAUGGCUGAUUUGGAGUUUGCAAAAGACAAGAUGCUGAUGGGCAGUGAACGCAAGUCAGCUGUUGUAUCUGCGGAGGAUCGAAAGAACACUGCUUAUCAUGAGGGAGGUCAUGCCCUUGUUGCCAUGUAUACUGAUGGGGCCGACCCUGUUCACAAAGCAACCAUAGUUCCCCGAGGUAUGGCACUUGGCAUGGUUAUGCAAUUGCCCAAUGAGGAUCAGCUUAGCGUUUCCCGCAAACAGAUGCUUGCCAGGCUUGACGUUGCCAUGGGAGGCCGGGUUGCCGAAGAACUAAUUUUCGGAGAAAAUGAAGUCACUGGUGGUGCAUCCUCUGAUCUCCAGCAAGCAACUAAUUUGGCAAGGAGGAUGGUUACCAAAUAUGGCAUGGGCAAAGAAGUUGGACUAGUCAGUCACGAUUACGUAGAUAAUGGGAGGAGCAUGAGCUCAGAGACAAGGCUUCUCAUUGAGAAAGAGGUGAAGCAACUUUUGGAGAAGGCUUACAACAAUGCAAAAACCAUUCUGACCACUCACAGCAAGGAGCAUCAUGCACUUGCAGAUGCUCUUUUGGAGCACGAGACUCUCACAGGAACUCAGAUAAAGGCAUUGCUUGCCGAAGUUAGAACUCAGACGCAACCACAAACAGUUGAAGCUCAGAGCAGUUCACAAUCCAACACGGUGCCUCCAUCAUCCAGCAACCCGGCAUCUGCCGCUGCAGCUGCUGCAGCUGCCGCUGCUGCCACUGCAGCUGCCGCCGCUGCCAGUGCUGCCGCCACAGCCAGUGCUGCCGCUGCCAAGGCUAAAAGUGCUCCAGUGGGAUCUUAGCAGAAAAAGAUGCUAGAGCAGCAAACAUAACUUGUACGACUAGAUUGAAAAUGUUCUUAUAGUAAUUUUUUCAGGUUUUUCACAUGGAGAAACUCAGGUAAUGCACCUCGGAUUUUAGUUGGGAUAAAAAUAUAUGCAUUUACUUUUUUU